AUGGGGCUGAAUAAAAAUCUGUAUUCCCAUCCUGAGUAUAAGGAGUAUUUCUGGGACUUCAUAUUGGAAAUAGAGUGCCAGGUUGAACAAGAAGACCCUAAUAAGCUUGCUACCAGCUGGCCAGACUACUACAUUGACCGCAUCAAUUCCAUGGCAGCAAUGCAGACUUUGUAUGCUUUCGACGAAGAAGAAACAGAAAUGAAAAAUAAAAUAGUUGAAGACUUGAAGACAGCUCUGCGGACUCAGCCCAUGAGGUUUGUGACCAGGUUUAUUGAGCUGGAUGGCCUGAGCUGUUUGCUGAACUUCCUGAAGAGCAUGGACUAUGAGACCUCAGAGAGCCGUAUACACACAUCCGUUAUAGGGUGUAUCAAGGCACUGAUGAACAACUCCCAAGGACGGGCUCAUGUUCUGGCCCAUCCAGAAAGCAUCAACAUCAUCUCCCAGAGCUUACGGACUGAGAACAUUAAGACCAAGAUUGCUGUGCUGGAGAUCCUAGGGGCUGUCUGCUUGGUGCCGGAUGGUCACAAAAAGGUCUUGCAAGCCAUGCUUCACUACCAAGUCUAUGCUGCAGAAAGGACAAGAUUCCAGUCAUUGUUAAAUGAGCUAGACCGAAGCAUGGGGCGAUACCGUGAUGAAGUAAACCUCAAAACAGCCAUCAUGUCCUUCAUCAAUGCUGUUCUGAAUGCAGGUGCUGGUGAGGACAAUUUGGAGUUCCGACUACACCUACGAUAUGAGUUUCUAAUGCUGGGAAUUCAACCUGUCAUUGACAAGCUAAGAGGACACGAGAAUGCCACACUGGACAGACAUUUAGAUUUCUUUGAGAUGGUCAGAAAUGAAGACGACCUGGAACUUGCCAAGCGGUUUGACCUGAUCCACAUUGAUACAAAAAGUGCCUCUCAGAUGUUUGAGUUGAUCAAGAAGAGAUUGAAGCACACAGACGCCUAUCCCUAUUUGUUAUCCAUCCUCCAGCACUGUUUGCAGAUGCCAUAUAAGAGGAAUGGAGGAAACUUCCAGCAGUGGCAGCUGUUGGACAGAAUACUCCAACAAAUUGUUCUUCAGGAUGAACGAGGAGAUGAUCCAGAUAUAGCUCCAUUGGAAAACUUCAAUGUCAAAAAUAUCAUUAAAAUGCUGGUGAACGAAAAUGAAGUCAAGCAGUGGAGGGAUCAGGCAGAGAAGUUCCGGAAAGACCAUGCCGAGCUGAUGAGCAGGCUAGAGAAGAAGGAGCGGGAAUGUGAAACAAAGACCCAGGAGAAAGAUGAAAUGAUGAAGACACUGAACAAAAUGAAGGACAAGCUGCAGAAGGAAUCCUUGGAGCUGCGCCAAACCCGAGACCAGAUGAAUGACCUGGUGGCUCAGCUUAAUGAGUUCUCGGAGAGGAUCCAUGGCACAAUCUGGAAUGAGAUUGAUGAUUUAAAGGCAUUCAAGGUGCUGGAUCUAGAAGAUUUUGAAAAGAUGUUCUCCGCAUAUCAGAGACACCAGGACCUGCUAACUAACCCCUCCUCCUGUAAGCAGAAAGAGAUGGGCUCAACAGAAGACCUUUACCUCUCCACACGAAAGGUGAAAGAGCUCUCUGUGAUCGAUGGCAGGAGGGCCCAGAAUUGUGUCAUUCUCCUUUCCAAGCUGAAGCUGUCUAAUGAAGAAAUCAGACAAGCAAUACUGAAAAUGGAUGAACAAGAAGACCUAGCAAAAGAUAUGCUUGAGCAGCUACUGAAGUUCGUUCCUGAAAAGAGUGAUACUGACCUGCUGGAGGAGCAUAAACAUGAAAUCGAGCGCAUGGCCCGGGCGGAUCGUUUCCUCUUUGAGAUGAGCAGGAUUGACCACUACCAGCAACGGCUGCAGGCAUUAUUCUUUAAGAAGAAGUUUCCAGAGAGGCUGGCAGAAGCAAAACCAAAAGUGGAAGCCAUUCUUCUGGCAUCCAAAGAACUCAUCCGAAGCAAGCGUUUGAGGCAACUCCUGGAGGUAGUUCUGGCCUUUGGGAAUUACAUGAACAAGGGCCAAAGGGGAAGUGCUUAUGGCUUCAAAGUCUCCAGCUUGAACAAAAUUGCAGACACCAAAUCCAGCAUAGACAGGAAUAUUACACUGUUGCACUACUUAAUUAUGAUCUUUGAAAAGAAUUAUCCAGAUAUCCUAGAUAUUCAGUCUGAGUUGCAGCAUCUUCCAGAAGCAGCAAAAGUCAACCUGGUAGAGCUGGAGAAGGAAGUCAACAACAUAAAGACCGGAUUGAAAGCUGUUGAAGCUGAACUGGAUUAUCAGAAGAGACGCAUGCGGGAAUCAGGGGACAGGUUUGUUCCCGUCAUGAGUGAUUUCAUCACUGUGGCCAGUUUCAGCUUCUCAGAGUUAGAAGAUCUUCUCAACGAGGCUAGAGACAAGUAUGCCAAGGCACUGAAGCAUUUUGGAGAGAGCGAGGGCAAGAUGCAGCCAGAUGAAUUUUUUGGCAUCUUCGACACUUUCUUGCAGUCAUUUGCAGAAGCCAAGCAAGAUCUGGAGAAUAUGAGGAAGAAAAAGGAAGAGGAGGAGCGCAGGGCACGCAUGGAGGCCAUGCUAAAAGAACAGAGGGAAAAAGAGAGGCGACAAAAGAAAGCAAAAGCUGGAAGCAUCUCUGAAGAGAGUGGGGAGUUUGAUGACCUGGUAUCAGCAUUAAGGUCGGGUGAAGUCUUUGACAAAGACUUAUCCAAGCUCAAGCGUAACCGCAAGCGUUCGGGCAACCAAGGCUUAGAGACAAGCCGGGAGCGGGUGGUGACAAAGCUAAAUUAUUAACUACAAGAGGAAGAAAAAUAAUCAACCAAAAGAAGGUGAUGAAAAAGUGAAAAACAAGGAAGAUGAAUGUGUGUGAUGGCGCCUGGCUGACAGCUGCCCCAAAGGAUUUCUUUGGACUGUGGCUAGAGUUGUUACCUUUCCAUGAUCGGCUUUCCUCUCAUCCCUCUUCUGUGCUCCUAAUUUGAACCAAUAUAAAAGUGCCUCUGUUGAGCCAGCAGCCCCUGUGACUGGGCCAUGCAGAGCUGACAGGUUUGCUUCUAGGAGUUUGUUGUGUCAUCAAAGGCCUCAUGGUGAUGACAGAAAGUACUUGGGCCUUGCAGAGGGCCUAACAGAUGGAACAAGAUAAUUUUCUGUGUGCCAAAGUAAAAAAUAGUCAUGAUCUCCAACUUGCUGAUAACAAGGAAGACUAAUUUCAGAGCAGCUCUGUAAACACCUGUCACUUCUUCAGGAUGUAGACUGGCCUUCAGGGGUUUGUUGAGAUGUGGUUCUUGAAGUUUCCAAUUCCCUUCUAGAAUUGGAUUUUAUAAGCCAUUGAUUAGCACCUGAAAAAUUCUUUUGCGCUCAUGUCCUGUGUAGUAUUUUUGUGUGGCCUACACUGUCCAAAGUGAUGCUUAGUAGGAAGUCUUCAGAUUCCGGAACAAAUUGAAAUUCAAGAAUCAGGAUCAACAUAGAAUAAUUCGCAGAAGUGUUUUGGAUUCUGCUUUUCUAGAAGGAAUUUUCUGGAAUUUCUUGGUGGUUGAGUCGUGAAGCUAUGAAAUGCAUCUUCUCAGAAAGAAGCUCUGGCUUUUUUUUAGAAAAAUAAGCCACUGUCAGGCUGGGAUUACAAGACUGUGGAGCCUGUUGUCAUUGCUGGAGGCUGAGAGUGAAUCAGUGGAAAAUUUCUUACCUGUUUGUGCAAGAUUUCUUAGUGCAUCCCAAUGGAAAUCGGGAGCUCCUUUGUAUCAUCCGUAGUCUCAAGCAAAAGCAAACAGGGUCACUGCCUGCAAGAAAUGAGAUUUCUUUUCCACUUGAUGCUAGCUGUGAUUGCUGUUGGCAUGGACUGGUCUUUCUGUCUAACAGGCCGACCUUCACUGUACGUGCCCCACUCCUACCGAGGGGAAUCACUUAGCUCAGUAAGAUAUGAGUGGUGUCAAAGAUGAGCCUUGGAGCCCAUGGACUUUUUCAUUGUGAAGAGAUCAUUUGGAAUGAACCAAAGGAGAGUCCCAUAAUUAAAGCUGAAAGUUUUUCCAGGGGGACCCGGAAUUGUGUAAGCAAAGCAGGCUUUAGAGAUGGGUUAGUUCAUGAGGAAAAAAAUAAAUUUGUAUGUAAGCUUCAUGUAUGAAGCACACAGCAGAAAAGCAAAGAACCCAAGAAGAGGCCUGAAUUCUGUGUGUUUUCAUGGCUCUAAGAAAGGGAUUGGACUGUGUGGGCUAUCAUGGGCGUUUUUUUGUAAUUCUUUUUACUUUUUUGUUUUUCAUCUUGUCUUCUUUUUUUAUUAUCUUCCCUGGAGAAGGAAAAGAGGAAAAGAAAGAAUGGUGAUGGAUUCUUCCUCCUAGAUAGGAAGAAAGAGAGAACAUUUCAGAAGAGAGACCCACCAUCUACAAACUAUGCAUCAUUAGUCAACAGCACAAAAUGUCAAGGAAUCCCAGGGAAGUGGAAAAAAGCUCUAUUUGUCACUUUAAUAAUUUGGUUUGAUUUUUCUCUGAAUGUCACUUAACCUCAGGCUCUGCACUGAGUCUGCAGAACAGAACUUCCUCUGCAAUGCACGCUGCCUGAUCAGUAUUAUACACUACGAUAUUGGAGAAGCAAACUGUGUUGGUUUUCUGAACACUUUGAAAGCUAAGUAAUUAUGUAAACUAUGGAAAGAAGCAAAAAAUUCAGAAUUGUUAAACUCUAAUGUUUCAUUGUUUACUGAAUUUUGAGUCUCCCACCCCAGAACUUCCCUAUUUACGACAUUCCAGACUGCCGCGCCUCUGUAUAAUACUCAUCGUAAAGAGCUGGUAUCUUACAAGAGCUGGGUGCAUUCUCUUCCCUUACUAUCCCACUCCCCUUCUGGGAUUAGCUAUUAACAGCAAUGCCUAUUGCAGUGGACACAAGCACCUUGUAGAAGAAAGACUGUAUUUCAUAAAGGGUUUUGAAAGUUUAAGAAAAACUCUCACUUUUUUAAGCAUUUUUAUUUUAAAUUACAAAGUGGAUUUUUAGAAAUGUCUCUUGUAAAUUAUAUUAACAAGCUCCUUGCUGCUCCCUGAGAUAGACAUGCUAUAUAUCCCAGCCCCUUUGUUUGUCUUGUUUUAAAGCACGCCAUGUAACCUAUGCCAUGUAAGCCAUAUGAGAGGUGGUAAUAUGUGCCAAAUUGGUAUACAGUUGAGUUUAGAUUUGGAUAAUCCCUGAAUUCCAAAGAUUAUGCUUUUAGGGAUUAGAACGUUGUAGGGUUUUUUUCCCCCUCUUUGUUCUCCCUGGGUUUAGGACUCACCCAGAAAUUCAGGUGUGGUGCCAAGGUCAGCCCUGGUGCAAGACGAUGUGACUCAUAGCUCUGUGCAAGUGCAGCUGCUUGCUUGCUCCCCAGGUACUUGCUUGAUAAGGCAGACUGUCAGCCUGGCAGUGCUGUCAGAGAAGAAACACCUCAGGGCAAACACUUUGAAUACACACCAUUUCCCCCGCCCUGUAUUUGUCAAACCAGGCUUGUGCUGUGCUUUUUGAAACUGAAGUCACUUUGCCAGGCCACAAAUGUAGCAAAAGCAGAGAGAGUGAUAUACCCCUCUGUCCCUUUGUGUACAGUUCAACCCUGAUCUAAAGAGAUCCUGUAUGAUGGUACGCAGCAGCGCUCCAGUGACACUUAAGAGUCCAAGAAAGCUGCUAUAGUUUUGCCACCUCUUUGACUCAUACAUAAAUAAUGAGAGAUUGUGCAAUUCCUGUAAAUCAGCCCUGGUAUAUUUACAGGGAUGGACAGAAAGCUCGAAGUCAUGCCCCUGAUUCAUCAGCAAAACUUUCUCAGCACUCUAGUGCCCCAGACUCCUGUUUUGAAUCUGUGAUGGUGGCUGAAAGCUUUGUUCAGUGUGGUGGACAGUCCCCCUGGCUCUUGACUCCGUGGUGAAAGUUCAUAAAUAAGGUUUUGGAUAUGCUCAGUUUCACAUUGAGGGAAGCACUGAUUUCACAGAAGUGGUGACAACCAGAGAGGCCCAUUAAUUACUGUAUGAGAUGAGGCUGCCCAUGCAGAAGAUAAGGAAAAAUUUGGCUCUGCUGUAGGGCCUGGUGUCAGAUUCUUGCUGAAGCCAAGUUUAUCUUGGUUCUCAUCUCUUGGGUCCUGUGAGUACAUCUAAUAUUCUGUUCUUCAGCAGUUGUGGUAGAGCUGCUGAGUGCUGAAGGAUAAAGGAAGAUCUUACUCUGAGCAGGAAUAGCAAGCAGUCCAAGG